CAGAGGCGGGUUCCCCAGAGGACCGCACAGCAUGGGGGCUCCCAGUAGUGACUGCUCCCACGGCCCGCGAGGUCCUGGAGCCCUCAGACCAACCACCGAUGGAAGCGGUUUCCCCGCUGCCCACGGUUGGUCGCGUGCACACCGUCCACUCCCUCGGGGAAGCAGAAGCAGAAACAGAGGGGCGGGAUGGGGGCCAACAGGAGGAAGCGCUCAGGGCUAGGCUGGCAAGGAGCCUACGCUCUGGCCGCCCUCUUGCUCUGGCUGCGCCUCCCACCGCUGCGCGCCCAGGUCACCCCGUCCAAUAGGAAGAGCCAGAACUUGGAUGACGUAUGCGGGAGGACUGGCAAAACCGGGAAGAUCUUUGGUGGUCAGAAGGCAGAACCAGAAUGGUGGCCAUGGCAGGCCAGUCUACUUUUUAAAGGCCAGCACAUCUGUGGAGCUGCCCUCAUCGCCAGCAACUGGGUAGUCUCUGCCGCUCACUGCUUCCAAAGGUCCAAAACCCCAGGGGACUACCGCAUCCUGCUAGGGUACAACCAGCUGAGUAAUCCCACCAGCUUCAGCCGGCAGAUGACCGUGAACAAGCUCUUCGUCCACAAGGACUAUGAUAAGUUUCACCGCUUUGGGAGCGACAUUGCCCUCUUGCAACUGCACUUGCAGGCGGACUUCAACUCUCACGUGCUCCCCGCCUGCGUCCCGAAGGCCAACUUUUCGCUCCACGUUGAUACCGCCUGCUGGAUCAGUGGCUGGGGGAUGCUCACGGAGGAUGCAUUCCUACCACGGCCCUUCCAGCUGCAGCAGGCUAAGCUCUUCAUCAUGGAAAAUGACUUGUGUGACUCCUUUUUCACACCACCACCUGACGUCGACCCAUCCGAAGUUGCUCGCGUACAUGAUGAGAUGAUAUGCGCUGCGGACUUCCGCAAUCCUCCGUCCAUCUGCCGAAAAGGUUCAGAGAUGCCACAACUCACACACAUCCUGAGUGUUCACUGUUUCCUGCCAGCUACUGCCACCCCUUCUGCAGCAGUCACAUGCUGGCCGCUGGCUCGGCCCCAUCAGUGCCUGCACACCCUUUUGGAAUCUAUGUCAGGUCCCCUGGCUCCCUGCUACAGAUCUCUGUACACUAUUCCUCUGCUGGCUGCAAAAAAAAAGCCCACUCCUCCCUCCGGGAUGGUCUCCGAUGGCACAGGUCCAGCACCCUCUCUGGGGCACUCUGUGCCCUUUAGGCCUCUGUCUCACAUAUCAUCUGCUGGCUGUGUCCACCUGGACGUCACUCCCUGCAGGCGGAAGCUGCUCAGUGGUGUUAAGACAUGGCUGCCUUGUUGUGCUUGCUCAGGCCCCACUGUUGUCAUGAGAUGUCAUGAGUCUUUCACCACAGUGGCCGACACCUUCCUACCUCCCGCCCAGCCAUACCUGUGGUUCCACACCUCUUCUGGGGGGCCUACCCAGCUCCCACCCCCAAGCAGCACCUCCUCGCCCUCCUCACAUCUAACAGCCGGGCACUUUCCAAAGAAGUUCAAAUAGGGAGU